UGAGUUGACAUAUAGGAUAAUGGUCGGUUGGUCAAAGUGUUUUAUUGCAAUUUCUUGAUUUGAAAAUAUUUAAAGUUUGGUCUUCUCAAUCACAAAUUAUUUGCUCAGCGAGAAGAAUUAAAUAGUUAAACUCGGCUAGUUUAUAAGUGCACAGCACCCCGCCAAAAUAGAAAGAAAUAUUCAUUUCUAUUGUAUAUCCAUUUUCCCAUCCAAAAUGAAUAAUUCCGCUGCUAAGGUUGGUGAAAUAUUCACCGAGGCUGGAGCUGCAUUCAACAAACUGGCUGAAAUGACAAUGAUGUUGCACCCUAUGGCUGAAAAUACACCGACUGCACCAGCAAAAACUCCAGUGAAGCGAAAAGCAGCAGAUGACAGACCGGUUUUGACCAGCACCACACCACAAGCAACUCACAAUGUUCAUACAGCUCCCAUAUCACAGCAGGUAACCCUAAACAUGCUGAAUGCUCAUGAAUCGGAAAUGGAUGGUGAUGGCCUCAACAAUCAAGUAAAACUGGAGUUUGAGUCUAGCACGGAGGAAGUGACUACUUAAGCAGGGUGUAAUUUCAUAUGUAGCCAUUAAGUUUAACAGUAGCAGUUAUUAUGUCUAUGUUUUAAAUAGUAAUAACUGUAAGUAAUAAGGUAUUGUUGCCAACCUUUUUUUGAUGCAGUGCAUGUAAGAAAUGCACUAAGGUUAUUUAACACCAAUUAUUAUUUACACCCGUGUGGUGACGGGUUAAGAAUUUCACCACCCCCUUUCUUCCCGUGGGUGUCGUAGAAGGCCACUGUGGGACAUGGGGUAAAUUGUGGCGUAGGCGAGAGGCUGGCAACCUGUCACUGCAAUG